CGUGGACACUUUCGGAACUGAAAAGCGCGUACGCGCGGUCUUCCUCUACGCUAGGCUGGUGUUCUCACUGCGGCUGCGUGAGCGCACCAUCUUCUCUUGCAGGGCGCAGGCUUAAAGCUGCGUCUUCGAAGGCCGGAGAGAAGAAGGCGUUGGGUGGUUGCAGUUUGCGGCCAGUGCCGCCAUGUUGCUCUCCACUCCCUUCCGAGCUCUCGCCGCGCGUUCGGUGACACAGAUACGCUGCCUUCAUACAACAACAGCACGCAGUGGUGGAGGUGGAGCUUUGUUUGUGCACAGAGAUACAUCUGAAAACAACCCAAAUACCCCAUUUGAUUUUACUCCUGAAAACUAUAAGAGAAUAGAGGCAAUAAUAAAUAACUACCCAGAGGGACACAGAUCUGCAGCAGUGAUACCAGUCCUGGAUCUGGCUCAAAGACAGCAUGGAUGGCUGCCUAUAUCAGCUAUGAAUAAGGUGGCUGAGAUUUUACAGAUGCCUCCCAUGAGAGUUUAUGAAGUAGCAACAUUUUAUACUAUGUAUAAUCGCAAACCUGUUGGAAAGUACCAUAUCCAGAUCUGUACUACCACCCCUUGCAUGCUGUGUGACUCAGACAGCAUAUUAGAAGUUAUUCAGAAGAAGCUUGGUAUAAAGGUUGGGGAAACAACUCCUGAUAAACUGUUUACUCUGACGGAAGUAGAAUGCUUGGGCGCAUGUGUAAAUGCACCAAUGGUACAAAUAAAUGAUAACUAUUAUGAAGAUUUGAAAACAAAAGACAUUGAAGACAUAAUUGAUGAACUGAAAGCUGGAAAAGUUCCAAAACCUGGACCAAGGAGUGGACGCUUCUCUUGUGAGCCAGCUGGUGGUCUUACUUCUCUAACAGAACCACCCAAUGGACCUGGCUUUGGGGUGCGGUCAGACCUUUAAGAUUGUUUCUCUAACUGCAAGAAAGUGGUUCAGAAAAUUUUAAAAAAUUAAUUAUGGAUAGAUUAAAGCAUGAGUGUUCUGUUAAUA